AUGCUUUACCUAUACUUUGCCCUCCUUUCUAUUGUUUUAAGCAAAUCAAUACCACCUCCAGUCUCCAUGAAAGAUAUGGAAUUAUUGAAGCCAGAAGAAAACAUCUGUACACAAAUUCUUUAUAUAUAGUCCAAGGCCUUUAUUGAUUGCCCUUGGCUAUAAAAUGCUCGUCAAACUGGUGGAUUUGGCUUGGGUAAACGUCAUUUGCCACACCAAUUUCACCAGUUGGGAGGCAUUGUAUAGUCAUGAAGAUCAAUAGCAGGCCCUGAGCUAUAUUUUACAGGUACAUAUGGGUUUGACUUGGGAUUGCCAUUGGGAUUUUUGCUAUGUCAAUUCUGUUCGUUAUCAUAAAAUGCUUGAAAAAGACUCCUUCUGAGGAAAAAGCAGCAACACAUUCGAUAUUUUUGCAAGGAAGACGUAUUCUUAUGCCUAGAAUCAACUGUUUCCAAGGACUACGCUUCCAAAAGACAACCCUUGAAGAACCCCAAGAAGAAGCCUCAGAACAAGUCCCUCUAAAUUCUGAGCAAAACAAAAAAUCAAUCAACUUUGCCAGCGGAAUUUUCACUGAAACUGUUAUUCGUAGAGCAAGCACUGACCAAGAGCAUUUAUAG